AGAGGAGUGACAGAGGAGGAGCAGAGCGAGGGGAAACACAGGAGCAGAACGAUUUCAGGGAAAGAAACAAAAAAAGCAGAUUUUUUAGGAGAGAGGCUUCAUUAAGCAUCUCCAGCUCUUUUACUCUGCAGGAUGAGUUCGUUCAGUACUCGGGCUCUGACGCUGCUCUCCUCAGUUUUCGGGGCCUGCGGUUUGCUGUUGGUCGGCGUGGCCGUGUCCACGGAUUACUGGCUGCUCAUGGAGGAAGGGAUCGUCCUGCAGCAGAACCAGACCACUGAGGUCAAGAUGGCGCUGCAUUCCGGCCUGUGGAGAGUCUGCUUUGUGGCAGAAAUGGUCCGAACUGCCACGCCGUUCCCCAUGGUCUCCCUGCUGUUCGUUUUCACCGCCUUCGUCAUCAGCAACAUCGGUCACAUCCGGCCUCAGCGCACCAUCCUUGCCUUCGUAUCCGGGAUCUUCUUCAUCCUCUCAGGUCUGAGUCUGGUGGUGGGUUUGGUUUUAUACAUCUCCAGUAUAAAUGAUGAAGUGAUGAAUCGACCCAGAGAGCCCGAGCAGUUCUUCCACUACCGCUACGGCUGGUCCUUCGCCUUCGCUGCCUCCUCCUUCCUGCUAAAAGAGGGUGCAGGUGUAAUGUCGGUCUACCUCUUCAUGAAGCGUUACGCAGAGGAGGAGCUUUACCGCCCCCACCCUGCGCUCUACCGCCCCCGCAYGUCCGACUGCAGCAACUACAGCGGCCAAUUCCUUCACCCGGACUCCUGGGCUCCACCUCAGAGGGGCCGAAGUGCCUCCGACGUCUCGUCUGACAUUUCCAUCCAGCUCAACCAGACCCCGCCUCCGCAGCAGSCCUGUAAGGGGGGCAGCAGCUCCCAGGCGACGCCCUCCUCCUCUGGGCCUUCGUCAGCUGCYAGCUACCAGCUCCAGCCUGCGUCUUCCUCCUCUACCUCCUCCUCCUAUCCACACCCGCUUCAUCCGGGGGCCACAGCCACCCUAACCAGGGUCCCCCACGCCCACCCCCACUCGCAGCCCCAUCCCCAUCCGAGCGGACCCCCAUCUCAGUCCUUGCCGAUGGCAGCACCACCCGCUGCUGUGCCUCCYCCACGCUACCACACACGAAUGAGCGCCUCGCCAUGCUAG